ACCCAAAGCCACUACAAAAGUAUUAUCUUAGAUAUGGUGCCUCCAAGAUAACAGAAGUGCUCCACUUACUCAUCUGAAACUCUAUAGUUGCUAGUUCGUCCCUGCCACUGCCAUCUACUGGUUCAAGAUACACCAUGGCUUUCUCACCGAAACCAGUUAAUGAAGAUGAUUUGAAAGCGUUGAAAGAAAGGAUGAAAUUGAUCUCUGAUGUUGACCCUCAACAGUACCACAAUGACUUUUCCCUUAAACGAUAUCUGCGUGCGUUCAAAACUGUUGAUGAUGCAUUUAUGGAAAUUUUGAAGACCAAUAAGUGGCGAGUUGAAUAUGGUCUGGCUGAAUUAACAGAGACCAGUCCUCUUGUUCAAAAGUACAUGAAAAAAAAUAUAGCCAAAGUGCUGAAGCAUCGUGACAUAAGUGGUCGCCCAGUAAUUUAUUUCUCAGCAAAAAAUCACAAUGUAAAUGAUGGAAACAUUGAUGAGCUCACAAAGUUCAUUGUGUAUUGCUUGGAAGAGGGGUGCAAAAUGUGUUGUGAAGAAGUUAUUGACAAUUUGUGUGUUGUCUUAAAUCUGAAAAAUUUUGGAUUGAGCUACACGGAUUUUCAAGUCCUCAAAAAUUUGGUCUGGCUUGGCAUGCGUUAUCCUGAACGUCUCGGAAUAUGUCUGAUGAUUAACGCCCCUGCCCUCUUUUCUGGAUUUUGGACUGUGGUCAAAGGAUGGCUAGAUGAAACUACAUCCAGCAAAGUACAAUUUAUUAAAAGUGAAGAGGAACUGUGCAAGUACUUGAUUCCUGAUAUACUUCCAACUGAUGUGUGAGAAUGCUAAAAUCAAAUUUGCCCUGGGUGAUCACAUUACCAAAUUCGCUGCAGCAACCCGUUCCCUGUAGGCAAGUAAAAUCUCUACAUAGUCGCUUUCCCUGUUCAGAACCUUUUAAACCUCGUAUUGGAGGCCAAAACAUACCCCAUCAAUCUCAAAACUAAUCAAUGUGCCCACAGUUGCAAUCAAUUAAUUAAGAAUACAUGAUGCUUCUUCGGCCUACCAUAAAAGGAUAAUCUCAGAUAAAGCCUCCGAGAUAACAGAAGUAAGUUGUUCCACUUACCCAGCCGAAACUCUAUUGCGGCUAGUUCGUCCUCGUCAGUGUCGCGCGCUGGUUCAAGGUGAGAAACAUCGACGUCGGAGCUGCCUGCUGCCUCCAGCCAAGGACUCGAUACUAAUCGUGUCUCCUAUUUGAGUCGUCAUUUUAUCACUUUGAGAGAAAGGCAGGCAGCUUAUCAAGUGUUGUGUGCUCUUUGAGAGAAAUGCAGGCAGCUUAUCAAGCACCCUGG